AUGAUGCGUCGCCUGGUUUCCGUCCUCUUGCUAGGGACUACAGCCUGCGCUCUGCCGUUCGCCGAAAUCUACGGGCGCCAGAAUGGUACCGAGUGCGCAGUCAAGGGCAGCUACUCGACUGUGAGCUUCGCCAAGCUGCCGGACCCGUUUACCUUUGAGGAUGGGAAGAAGGUCGCCAGCAAAGCCGACUGGAACUGCCGCCAGCAAGAGAUCAGCAAACUCCUGCAGCAGUUCGAGCUGGGCACGUACCCUCCACCUCCCGACAAGGUCGAGGCCUCGCUGUCAGGAACCACCCUGUCGGUCAAGGUCACGGUGGGAUCUAAAUCCGUGACUAUCAACGCCUCCAUCAGGAAGCCCAGCACCACCCCCGGCCCGGCCAUCGUCACCAUUGGCGGCUCCUCGCUGCCGAUCCCGGGAACUGUCGGCACCAUCGGCUUCAGCAACGACCAGUUCGCCUCGCAGGCGUCUGGUCAGUCCCGCGGCCAGGGCGCCUUCUACACCUUGUUCGGAAACACUCACUCUGCCGGCGCGUUGACCGCCUGGGCUUGGGGCGUGGAUCGUCUCAUCGACGGCCUCGAGCAGUUGGGCGCUGACAAGACGGGCAUCGACCCCACGAGGCUCGGGACCACAGGCUGCUCCCGGAACGGCAAGGGCGCGUUUGUUGUCGGUGCGCUGGCCAACCGCAUUGCCCUCACGCUUCCGCAGGAGUCGGGUUCCGGGGGUGCCGCCUGCUGGCGUAUUUCGGACGACGAGAAGAGUAAAGGCCGGAACAUCCAGACGGCCGGUCAGAUCAUAGGCGAGAACGUGUGGUUCAGCCAAAACCUGAACCAGUACGCGACCAAGACUAGCACGAUGCCCGAAGAUCACCACAUGCUGGCCGCCCUAGUAGCCCCGCGCGGCCUGAUCGUCUUCGAGAACGACAUCGACUGGCUGGGCCCCGUCAGCACGACCGGCUGCAUGAAGGCCGGCCGCCUCGUCUACAAGGGUCUUGGUGUGCCCACAAACAUGGGCUUCUCUCUCGUCGGCGGCCACAGCCACUGCCAGUUCCCGUCUUCUCAGCAGUCCGAGCUCACGGCCUACAUCAACUACUUCCUCCUCGCCGGGACUACAGUGCCCCCGGCUGUCGAGAAGAGCACCGCGAACGUGGCCGUCGCCGACUGGGCCCCAUGGGAAGUCCCCACCCUUGCUUAA